CAAGUUUGUAUGACAGGGGUUUCUCUUGUCAGCUUCCCAAUGAAGGUGAAACUUCAGGAAUACUAUUAAUCCACAAGUUUUCUGUAAGUAGAAUACUUACCUUUUUAUAAAAGUGGAUAAGCAUCUAAAACACGCGUUACGGAGAAUUCAUUUUGUAAACAAAAGGCUUGGUGACUGUAAAAAAUCGCAUAAGCUAUCCCAAUCGUGAUGUCUUCAAACUCAGUAAAAAAUUCCACUCCUUACGACAAUGCGGCCUACUCAAUGGUAUUGAAUUCAGAUGCAUUAUCACCAGAAGACGAAGACGAUGUAAAUUUGGAGCAAGAGAAAGAAGAAAAUGUAGAUAUGGAAUACGAAAAGCAUGAUGAUGAGGAGGAAGCAGCUGAUAAAGUCGGUGAAGAAGACAUGGAUGCAGAUGAACUAGAAGACGAAAACGAAGAAGAAACGCAAGAGCAGGAGGAACAAAAUCAAGAGAGAAAAAGUGAACAGCUUGAGGUAAAUCCUAUAGAAAGACUGAAAGAGAGAGCAAUUAAGGCAGAUUUUUAUGAUAUCGUUCCAACCUUGGCUAUUCCUAUGGCGACAAGCGUGAAUUCUUUUGCAUUUACUUCUGAUAUGAAAUGGUUAUUCACUGGUGGAGAAGACGGUUAUAUUCGUAAAUACGACUUCUUCCCUAGUAUCAAUGGUGACCUCUCUUUAACGGUCGCCCAAAGGCAUCCGUUCGUUGAUACUGUUACGAAGGCUGGUAUUUUAUUAAAUUACUGGGGGAAUGGCUAUGAUAAUCAAACUCCUUCUCCUGUCUACAGCUUAGCUGCACAUUCAAAAGGUCUCUGGGCCCUUUCUGGAAUCGAUAACGGUGACAUAAUUUUGUAUUCAACUCGGCAUCAGGAAGGGUAUCCUGUAACAUCUUUAAAAAAACACACUGCUCCGGUUUCUUGCUUAACGCUUCAUCCAUCCGAAAAAAAAGUAUUAAGCGGGAGCUGGGACAAAAUGGUUCACAAUUGGGAUCUGAAUACUGGAACUGUUAUUUCAUCCUAUGCUGGAGAAUGCGGUCAACUUUCUGGAAUUAGAUAUCGCCCAACCGAAGUGCCAACCUCUUGGGGGACUGAUUCUGAUGACAUGAGAAGUUUAUUUGGGACACCCUCCAGUAAUGGAUCCUAUGGUGAUUUUGAUGAAGAAGUCGAAAAGGCUAUAGAUGAAGAAACGAAAUCCAUGCAAGCACCAGAGGAAACCGGAGAGAACGGCGGGAAUGCCAAUAAACCUGAAAAAAAUACUACUCUUCAAAAUAAAGAUAAAGAAAGAAAUAAUCCUGAACAAACGAAUGUCUCUUCUGAUAAUUCGCAUACGAACCCUAAUGCAACAACUCUGGAAGAUCCAAACGUUUUUCUGACGGCUUCAAUCGAUGGAGUGAUGAAUGUAUGGGAUCACCGUAUGCCAGAUUCUGUAAUCAAGUAUCCUGUACCGAAAGGAAUUCCUCCUUGGUCUAUGUCUGCUUGCUGGGGUGCCGAUGGUAACAGCAUAUUCGUUGGACGUAGAAAUGGAAUUGUAGAAGAAUUCAACAUCCAUUCUGGAACAAGUCCCGUGAGAUCUUUAAAAAUGCCUCUUGAUUCUGGCCCUGUUUCAAAUGUUAGUUCUAUGCCUAAUGGUCGCCAUUUGGUAAUUGCUUCUUUUGAUAAUGUUCGUUUGUACGAUCUUCAAAGCAAAUCCGGAAUUGGAUUUUUAAUUGUUCCUGGACACCAUGGAGGACUUGUAAGUGGUUUGCAUGUUGAUCCAUCUUGUAGAUUCAUGUUUACUGCUUCCGGUAAUAGAGGUUGGCAGGGGACUACGACAGAAGUUUUGAUGGGUUAUCAAAUUAAUGUUCUCCCCUAAAUUACUUUAUGAUUAACAUAAUGUUAUUUAUUUAAGACAAGACUAUACUCAUUAAGUGUUUAACAGCAUUUAGCGAAUGACGCUCUUUUGGUUCAAGUUUUUCUUUUUUUAUAUAUAUAUAAACAAAAAAAGAGAAAUUUGUUUUUAAAAUUCUUUUUGAUGACGCUCUUUUUUACUGAGGUGGACACGUUUUUAUAGCCGUUAGCAAAAAUAUUUUUUCGUCCUGUAACAUGUAUGAAAUCAAUCAAUUAUUGGCAUUUUUAAUUUAAAAACUUCAGGAAGUAAUUAAAUAAAAGAUCAAGUUUACUCUACCUUCAUAGUUAUUGUUGUCUUUAUAAGUCCUUCUUGGGUUUCUAACCUCCCAU